AGAAAUAUUUCGGUGACACGCGCACAGAGCGUCUGACGCACCUUUAGUUUUGAAGAGGCGCAGGUGAGGAGCUGGAACCUGGAGCGGGACCACAUCUGACUCUCAGUCCGUGUGGAGAACAGAAAGCACGAUGAGCAAAACGAAGAAUAAAAGUGACAAUAAGACGGAAAAAGCUUUGGCUGCGGAGAAGGAGCAGUUUGGUAAACAACAGCUCCACAGCAUCAGCAAAACUCUCACCUCAGCGGAAACACCGCCCAAAGAGAAAUAUGUGCGCAAUAUCAUCAUGGGGAGUCAUAAGGAGGGUGGAGCCAGCACCUUCUGGUCCUAUGCCCUGAACCUGCCUCUGUCCAGCAACUCCAUGAUCAGCUGGAAGUUCUGCUACGUGCUGCACAAGCUGCUCCGCGACGGACACAGAAAUGCUGUUGCAGAUUCUUACCGACGCUGCCGCAACGUGAAAGAUAUGGGUGUUCUCUGGGGAAACUUGCACGAUCGAUACGGCCACAUUGUCGCCUUGUCAGCCAAAUACCUCUGCCUCAAAAUGGAGUUUCAUGCAAAGCACAAGGUGAUCCCAGGUAACCUGGAGGCCAGUGAUGAGACGGUGGAGAGGGAGGCAGGAACUGACAUGACCAAAGUGUUGGAUAUGACAAACGAGCUGCUGGAUUACAUGGAUGCUGGACUGAAGAUGGCUGAGACAGUUCUGCGUCAGCUCGACGCCAACGGCGCCAAAUCAACGACUCCGGCUGGACAGUGCAGACUGACGCCUCUCAUACCGCUCAUACUGGACUGCAGCUUCCUCUACCACUUCUCUGUCCGGUUGAUGUUCAAACUUCACAGCCGCAUCGCUCCAGAUGUUCUUCUUGGACACAGAGAGCGGUUCCGUGAUCUGUUUACGAGCCUCACGCAGUUCUUUGACAGAGCCAGAGAAAUGGAGUUCUUUAAAAGUGUCAUCCAGAUCCCAGAUCUCCCAGACGCUCCUCCGAACUUCCUCCGCGCCGCCGCCUUGGCCGAGUAUAAAAAGCCGGUGGUGGUGAUGCCCGGCGAGGAGCAACAUGAGGAGGAGGAGGUGGAGCCGCAGCCGGAGUUCAGAGAAUCAGCACAGAUACCACAGUACUAUUUGCUGAGCCAAAUGGGAGGAUCUGAGGCUCCAGUGGAGCAGAGAGAGACAGAGACUGAGAGUCUGAGGAGGGAGCUGGAGGUGCUCAAACCAGAGCUCCAGCUCAUCAAGAACGAGGCUCAGAGGUGUGUGACUGAGUUGAAGGCUCAGGUGAACCGUCUGGAGGCCGAGGUCGAGGAGCAGCGCACACACAAACAGGUGGCGAUGGUGGAAAACGAACACCUGCGGAUGGAGGUGGAGGCUUUACGCUGCACUAAUGUCGCUAAUGUCGGGGCGCAGAUCGGAUACAAGGAGGCAGACAGUAGAGCUCAGGCUGCGGAGCUUCGUUUCACACAACUCAAAGAGAGACACGCGGAGCUGGUGACCAGUCACGCCGACUUAAUGAAGAAGAACGCAGAGACAGUGAAGAUGCUGUCCAGCACUAAACAAGACCAGGACGAUUUGCUGAGAGCCAAGAAACAGCUGGAGAGCGAGCUGGAGAAUCUACGUCAGCAGAGUAGCAACAUGAUGAGUCAGCAGCAGCAGGAGGCCGACCAUCUGAACAAAGAGCUGCUGGAGCAGAGAGCGGAGCUGGCCCUCCUUCGCAGCACCCUGGAAAAUAAAGACAUGGAGGGAUCUCAGGUGAGCAGCACCCUGGCGGCUCUGCAGGCGGAGCGGGAGGUGCUGCUGCGCUCCGCCAGAGAGAAGGACGCUGAACUCUCCUCGCUGAGGCAACAGACGCAACAGCAGCAGAGCUCCCAGGACCUGGAGAGAGACCGGAACAACAGAGAGCUGGAGGCGCUCAGGGCUCAGCUGCAGCAACAGCUCGCCAUCAACGCAGAGCAGAAGUUAGAGAUCGACCGGCUGAGACGAGAGCUGGACUCGACCCGAGCUGAGCUGAUGCGGGCGAACAGCGCCCUGCAAAGCAAAGAGAUGAGCGGCACCCAGCUGAACAGCACCCUGGCGGGGCUGCAGGCGGAGAGGGAGGUGCUGCUGCGGUCGGUGAGGGAGCAGGAGGCCGAGCUGAACUCCCUCAGACAACAAGCUCAGCUCCACCACAGCUCCAUGGAGCAGGAGAGGCAGAGGAGCAGCAUGGAGCUGGGCAGCCUGCACGCCCAGUUACAGCAGCAGGCGUGUCGUGAAGGAGAACUGGCCCAGAAGCUGCAGGAGGAGCAGUUCUGUCUGCUGCAGUGUGCCGUGGUGGAGGCCGAGGGCAUCAUACUGGACGCUGUGGCCAAGGUGGACGACCCCAUACACGUCCGCUGCAUCAGCUCACCUGAUUAUUUGGUGAACCGAGCUGAAAUCACUCUGGGAUCCAUCGACAAAAUGCAGCAGAGCCACUUGGUCUACCUCGGAAACAGGAACGACGCCAGUGGUUUGUUGAGGGCGGUCACACAGUUUUCCCACCUCGCCGCCGACACGAUCGUCAACGGAGCGGCGACGUCGCACUCUGCUCCCACCGACCAAGCCGACCGUUUGACUGACAGCUGUCGGGACUGUGCGAACCACUGCCUUCAGUUCUUGAAGGAUCUGAAGUUUCAGGCCAGUUUACAGAGAGCAGAUCCCUCAGCCAUACGCUACACCGUCCAGCGUAUCCUCGCUCUGGGACAGGAUUUGCGUCCUAAAGGUCAGGAUGUGCUGAAAGAAGAGCUGGGGAGCAUGGUGGAUAAAGAGAUGAUCGCUACAUCCACUGCCAUUGAGGAGGCUGUGCUGCGAAUGGACGAAAUACUGAAUCAGGCAAAGAAGGACACGAGUGGUGUGAAGCUGGAGGUCAACCAGAGUAUCCUGGGAUCCUGCUCAGACCUGAUGAAGGCUGUUCACAUGCUGGUGACAGCUGCUACUGAUUUACAGAAAGACAUUGUGGAAGGAGGCAGGGGAGCAGCGUCUGUCACAGAGUUUUAUGCCAAAAACUCUCGCUGGACAGAAGGACUCAUCUCGGCCUCGAAGGCUGUGGGCUGGGGCGCCACACAGCUGCUUGACUCAGCCGACCGGGUCGUGGGUGAGAACGGUACGUACGAGGAGCUCAUCGCCUGCUCGCAUGAGAUCGCUGGGAGCACCGCCCAGCUGGUCGCCGCCUCAAAGGUGAAGGCCGACCGCAACAACAAGAAGCUGAAGACGCUGCAGCAGGCCUCGCGACAUGUGAACGACAUGGCCGCCGUGGUCGUCUCCUCCACCAAACAUGGACAAAUGCAGAUCUCUGACCACGGUGUGAUGGAUUUCUCGGGCAUGUCUCUGAUCAAGCUGAAGAAAGAAGAGAUGGAGGCUCAGGUGAAGGUGCUGCAGCUGGAGAGCCAGCUGGAGCAGGAGCGAGUCCGCCUGGGGGAGCUGAGGAAGCGGCACUAUGACCUUGGUGUCUCCGGGACCGGCACUGAUGCGGCGGAUGACUUACCGCCGCCUCCGCCGCCCACCUUGCUUGACUCCACACCGGUGCCUCCAUCCUUUUCGCAAACGCAGCCGUACCUGAACACCAAUCCGUUUGCCCCAGCUCCGACUCAACCCUACUCAAUGCCUCAGUCUUACACCCCAACGAUAAACACCUACACUCCUUCUCAGUCCUACAUACCGUCCCAGCCCUACAUCCCAACUCAGCCGUUCACCCCGGCUCAUCUCUACACACCAAACCCGACCCAGAGUUACCUGAAACCCCAGUCUUAUUCACCAUCACCAUCACCGUCACCCCAGCCUCAGCCGCCGCCCUCCCAACCUCAGACCAACACCACUGAGACCACCAAACCGGCCUCAAGGAAACCAAACAUCUUCAUCAAAUCAGGGAACCUGCUGAAGAACGCGUUCAAACGAGGUGAAACUGGAACAGGGGAAUCCUGAGGUGUGACUGAAAAAGAAGAUUCAACGUUAAGCAUCUUUUAACACAACUUUAUGUAAAUUUUUUACCUUAAUAACAGCGGCAGAAUCAGUUUUAUGCUACACAGAAUUAUAAAUACAACGGUUUAAUUUUUCCACCAAUAGAGUGGCGCAGGGAUGACGUAGUUUGUAGGCUAACCCGGAAGUUAGCAUCACACUCGUUUCCCCGAAAAAAAGCUAACGUGAUCUUUUCACUGGUUUUUGGAUAACUGCUGAAAAUAAACUGACCAACGAUAGUUUAUGAUACUUAGAUGUUUUGUUCUUCUUAGAAAGUUAGUGAUAGUUUGAAAGAGCGGGAGUAGAAACACAACGAGGCUGUAAAGGUGGACUGGUGAGUAGAUGACAACCUCUGUAAUCUCAUUUAGCUGCUUGUUAGCAACCGCCUUUUUUAAGACACGUAAAAGCUUCAAAAAACAAACAAAGGUGGGAUGGGUUCUGAUGUAUUUUAUGUCGGAGAAUAAAACGUGAAAAUGUCUUGAC